GAGUCAAAAACAAGGGCCCUGACUUCAUCAGCCUCAUGUCUACACAGAUAUGAUGAAGAAGCAGCAUCCAGCUGUCAGCCUGCUUUCAUUUCUGGCAGAUGAACACGGUGCAAUCCAGGAAAGCGAGAGAGGCCUGAAUGAGGUUGGGGAGAAAAGGCAGCCUGCAUGUUCCUCUUCGUGUUUCCUUGAUAGUCAGCCCUGCUCCGCCUCCACGGAGUGUGUCUAAGUGUGUGUGUGUGUGUGUGUUUCAUAUGUACUGAGGGCAAAGAAUUCAGCUCCAGCUUUUGUCUCGGGCUGCUGCACCGCACGCAACGAAUCAGCAUGACAAGCUCACAUACAAUGCAGUACAUCGGACUUCUGCUGCUGGCUGCCAUCCUGCUGCAGACGAUCGCAGUGGCUGUCACCUUCAUAUACUUCAGCAACGUUUUGACGACGAUGAAGGAGACGUUCUCCAAGAGCAGUGUGUCCUGUUUGAUGCGCGCCAACAUCAGGUCCAUUAAGGGUUUGGAUGUCGGCGCUGCGGAGGGAAAAGACGACCCCUGCUGGCAAGUCACGCAACAGCUCCACUUUCUCAUAGAAAAGUCGAUGUCUAAUCGAUACCAGAAAGAAAUCUCCUCAGCCGUCAAAGACGAAGUCUCCCGAGUCCUCCCCUCCUUGGUGGUCCAAGACCAAGACGCUCCCCCUCGGCCCAAAGUUGCUGCUCAUGUUACAGGCAGCUAUAUACCAGAUGCGGACAAAGAUGGUGGAGGUCCCUCUAACAGGAAGGUCUACGGCCAGAAGAUCCAGUCCUGGGAGUCUGAGAAGGGCCUGGCCUUUCUCCAGAACGUGGAACUAAGUGACGGGGAGCUGGUGGUGCCGCAGCCCGGGCUUUACUACAUCUACUCGCAGACCUACUUCAGACACACGCUCAUACAGGAGGACGAGGACGAGCGAGAAGACGAGGGCGCCUCAGCAGAGACGGCGAGGGGAAAACCCAUGCUGCAGUAUGUUUAUAAAAAAGUGAGUUCCUACCCAGUGCCUAUUCUUCUGAUGAAGAAUGCUCGGACCACCUGUUGGUCCAGGGACGCGGAGUACGGACUGUACUCCAUCUAUCAGGCGGGCUUGUUCCAGCUAGCAGGCAGUGACAGGCUGUUUGUCACUGUCAGUAACGUGAGCACUAUCGACAUGGACGAGAAGUCGAGCUUCUUUGGUGCUUUCCUGGUCAGCUAGACGCGACGAUGGGACGAGAAGGUUUUAUUUAAUGUUCGGACUGCAGCAGUUCCUCUGUGUCAGGCAAGCGACAGGACUCAGCUUGCUUGGUAUGUUUUCCGAGCUCCCUUUGAAAAGCUGCCAAGGAUCUGAAAACCAUCUGUAUAUGUGUGCUGGGAUACACUGUCUCAAGCCAGUGCUGUUUACCCGGAUUGAUGAGAUCGUCAAAAGGGGGGUGCAUUCAGCUCGAUGGGUCCGGGGCAAAGCAACAGAGGAUCAGUGGAUCGAGAAAACCAAAGGUGUAGCUCAUAACAUCUGCUCAGAAGGCAGGAACUCUAUGUAAGGGGCUCGCCAAGUCGUUUGGUAGCAAGUUGAUUGGUCACCCAAUUGGUGGAACCCGAGUGCAUGACCUUACGAGCCGAAAAAAAGCAUUGUGCAGGUAAAUAGGAGAUUAAGAUUCCUGUAAUGUGACAUCAAAGACUGACGUGGCAUGCCAAAGUAACCUGAAACAAGUUGAGAACUACCACUAGGUUUCUGUUUUUGCUCUGUUGUCCUUGGAAAGUGUUAUUAUGUAGCAUUUUAACAACGUUUCAUUUUUGUAAAACAGAAGUUAUGAGAAGCGACACUAUUGCGGAGGAGUUGAACUGUUUUAGGCUCCAGUUUCUUAGUUAUCUUUUGUGAUUUUGUAUGUUUUUUCACUGAAAAAUGAAUGUCACCUUCAUUACUACUUCACUGUGUUGUCCAUGUUUUAAAGCAAGCCAAAAUGAUCAUGAAACUUUGUCUUUGAGGGAGAGAAAGAGAAAUCUUUUCAGCUUUGUAUGAUCACUGUGACACUGUAAAAUGGUAAAUUGCCUAGUACCUGAUAUCACGGCUGUGUAAAUUUACUAGUGUUUUACUGAAACUGCAUUUACUACGUAAAUUUGCCAAUGUAACACUAGAGAGCACUGAAUAAAGUCUGCCCAUAUUGGCUAUGGGUUUUCACUUAUACUA